GGUGUUUCCUCCUUUCUCGCGCGGCGUCCGUCCGUGUCCGGUUCUUCUUCGAUCCUGUUUCCCUUUUUACGCUCCUCUGCCACACGAACCGAAAGAAUCGGGUUCGCGCAAGCCUUCGUCGUGCGUUUUCUGCCUGAGUAAAAGGAGAAACAUCCAUGCAAAGCACCGCGCGCCAAAGUCACUCGGCUCCCGUUCUUCCCUCUUUUUCGUGAGCGUCCCAGCGCGCAGCCAAAAGACAAGCCCCCGCGAACUGUCCAUUGUAUCCUUUCCCUUUUCUGUGUUUUUUUUCGCACGAUAUCGGCCUCGGUUUUCCUUUGUGCCUGCGAGGGUGCACAAAACCCCGGCCUCGCAGGUGUGCAACCUUCUGCGCGGUUAUCGCACAGAAUGAAGUUGCUCUUUUUUUGACACGUUUCUCCCGACCUUUCCUGCCCAAUUCUUCCUUUUCCUGCCUUUUCGGCGCUGGACUGGGACAAGACUGCAAAGGCGCGCGAGCUACGGGUGUGUGCGUUCUGUGCUCCACGUGAGGUGCGUUCUGUUUAUGCUCCGUGGAAGCGGCCUACAUUCUGCGUUGUCCAGUUUCUGUAGUCCUUGUGGCGGAGAAUCCUUGCUUUUUCUCACGCAGCCAGAUCUGUGCACAGGCAAAAAACUGGGCUUCGCUCGCGAGGCAGCUCGGUGCGGCUGGUCGUGGGUUUCCCCGGUGGAUCGCAAUGUAUGAUAGGUCUCUUUUCUUCUCACUUUUUGAGGCGUCACAAAAUGGCGGGUCGCGCGAGCGUCGUCGUCUCCCUGCUUUUCUCCGCUUCGCUGUGGUCUCUUCUCUCCCGCGUCGAUGGAGCGCCUGCGAAUCUAUCCCCCGCGGCGCACCGGGCUGUCCCUGCGGUCAUUUCUGAGCACCCGUUCGGCACAAGCCCCGUCCAUAUGGCGACGUCCGCGUCAGGUUUCCGCGAAUUCGUCGCGCAACAUCUGACGGCGGGGGACGUCGUCAUCGUCCUGUUUUUCUCGCGGCACUGUCCGCACUGCAUCCGCUUCAAGGUUACCUACCGCCGCCUGGCAGACCGGCUCGGCCAGCGCGUCAAGACCGAGAAGAACGGCGCCUUCUUCGCAGCCGUCGACGCGGGCGCCGCACAAGUCACUGACCAGGAGGACUCCAUCUGGGACAUUCUGCGGGAGUUUCGUGUCUCCUUCAUCCCCGACGUCCGCCUCCUGGUGCCUCUGCACCGAGUUAGGAGCGCGGCGGAUGAGGACGGCGCGGAACUAAAGAACGAAAGUCCAGGAACCGCCAAGGAACUCGGCCCUGACUACGGCUCCCUCGCGGCGUGGACCCUUCAAGUCAGCCACCAUGAAAUGUCCGAAGACGGCAUCGAUACGCUUCUUCGCACGUACAUUGAAACCACUGGACUCGACAAGCUCGAGGAAAACGACGAACAAUUCUCAGAAAAAAGACGUUCUCGUCAGGAGAUUUUGGAGAGCAACUUGAAGCUGCUGGAGGCGGUGUGUCCAACGACAGAGUUUCCCCCCGCUCCUGUUGGGUCUCCUGUUCCAGCUCUGUGUCGCGGGGGCGAACGGUGGUCGCCAGAUGCUGAAAGGGUGAGUGGCGAGACGCCUGGAAACCGUCUGCACGACGCCCUCGCCGUCUUUUUGCAUGUGCUGAGGAGGUGGAUCGUGGCGUCCGACUCGAGUCUGCAUCUGUCGCUGGAGAAGGAACUCGCGCUUGCCCGUUUCCUCGAACUCGCGCUGUACGCGUUGCCGGGGAAGGCCAUCAAGGGCGCUAUCUUCCGACUGCUGCUGCACCUCCGGACCCUCGGUUCUGGUCUUCAGCCGCUGCCUCAAAGCUUGUUGUCUCGCGAGGAGUUCCACGCUGCAUUGGAGAAAGCCAGCCGGAUGGGCGAGGCGGGGGCAGACGAAAACGCUGCAGCUGAGACAGCGUCGACGGCUUGGACUGUGACUUCGAAGCCGCCCUCAGAGCCGCAGUCCGAAGUCGAGGGAGAACUCCCCUUUGUGUCUCUCCUGCGUAAAGACAACUGGGAGAAACGGCUGACCGACUUCAAGGUCGCGGACGUAUCGGGCGCAGACGCGUUCCCGGGAGCGCAGCAGCCUGCGAUGCGGCACUGCUCCACCGUUCUGUGCGGCGUGUGGACCUUGUUCCACGUCAUCGCUGAAGGCUUGCAGACGCAGUUUCAGCGGAAAGUUCGUCUCGCCCGCGAACGAGGUGCUCCGCUCCCCCAGGCCCAUGAGACUCAGAGACAAACCGACAAGAGCGAGACGGAGCACGCAGACCGCGAACGGCAGACAGAGAUGUACUUGCUGUCUCAAGCUAGCGAAGAGGAGCAGACGCGAGCGGAGCAAGCAAGGAGCGGGAGAAUCGACUUGAAGUUUCUAGGCCCCUACGACAGUUUGACCGUGUUUGCGACUCAAAAGUACAAGGAACUGCUGCGCCAGGAAGAGCACGAACAUCUUCACAGACAAGACAGAGACACACCCAACUUGCGCGGGGAGUCUAGACGCGAGACCGACGUCUCGUUCAUGAUCGAGGCUCUAGAGGAGACAUUCGGUCCUGUGAAAAACAAGCAAGCUCUCAGCGCUCUGGAGGAGGAGUUGCUCGUGGAGGAGCGACGGUCGAUUCUCCCCGCGAAUGUUGCGAUGGCGUCGCUCCGGGAUUGGCUUUUCUCCUUCUUCAUGUGCGUCGCAUGUCGCACGCAUUUUCUCCAGUGUUUCGAGCAAGGAUUUUACGGCCGCGAGCAAGUUACGCCGCCGACCGCUGUGAAGCAGGAGAGCCUGGCGGCGCUGGCGCAGAAGCGAAUGGAGUUUCAGGGUGGUCUUUCUUCCUUCGUCGAGAAGCUGGGAGAAAAGUCGAACUCCUCCCCCUCCGCGGUUGCUUCUGUUGUCGCUGCGCGCCUGGCGGCAGGCGGCUCCCUUUCAGACGCAGAGCGCGAGAUGCUGCUGUCGCAUUUGCCAGCGAGUCUGUGGCUGUCAGGGGAGUUUUUCCGCGUGAGAGACCCUCUGGAUGUUGCUGAGGAAGAAGAGAAUCUGAGGAACUUUGCGCUGUGGCUGUGGCGACUCCACAACGCCGUAACAGUGAGAACAGCAGCGGAGGCGAUCGUCGAGGUACUGGUCGAUGAGACCCUGGACGUCUCGAGUGUGUCGAGGGCGCAGCCCAGCAACGCGACUCCCGGCUUCUCCGCAACUGGCGAGCCUCUGGGGAUCGGUGAAAUGGCCAAGCGUGGACUGGGAAGUGCGUACUUUCUGCAUACAGAUCCGCGGUGGCCUCCUGCUCAAGUUGCGUCCUGUCUGCGUGAAGAUGCUGCGCCUUUCGAACUGGGUUUCGACUUCGUGGCGGCUCGCGGCGCGACGGACGCGGUGCACUUGUGCGAAAAUGUGGACUUCUCUGGAGACUUCGACUUGGAAAAAAUUCGCCAGUGGCUCCGAAAAACCUACUGGGGCUCGACUUGGGGGGAGACGGCCAGCGACGUAGACGAGGGGGCCGUGAGCAAGGCCAGGCUUCAGUCUCCAGGUUCCUCGCGCAGGGAUGUAGAGGCCGACGACCAGUAACUCGAGGGUGUGUUUUUCUGUGUCGCUCCUCGCGAAAAGCAAAGAAACUGCGCGAGAGAAGAGAAGAAGGAGCAAGAAAGCGAGCGAGAAUAGGGCGAGGGAGGGUCGUCGGUGAUUCAGCGACAAAGUGGCAACACACGAGCGAGAAAAGCGACAGCUUCGGAGUGAAUGGCCGAGCAAAAAGGCACUUGUCUCUUGAACACUGGAGCGGCAGCUCCCUCGAAAAUGAAAUGGUUUCAUUGGGGAUAUGCACGGUCUUUUGUGACGACGUUUGAAGAUGCGAGAUUGCUGCAACUUCGAGUUCAGGGGCAGCGGCGACAGGAAGCGUAGGCAGCGGGUGUGAAGCCCGUCAGGUUUUCCAGAUAAACACAUCUGGAAGAAAAAACCUCUCAAAGUGGGGUGGAUGUCUGCGCUCGUUCUCGCGAAAAAAGAACUGCUGCGAAAGGCUCUUCAGAUUCCGAACCAGACUGGCUCUCGAACGGAGGCCGCAGGCGUCUUCAAGCGCCAACUGGUCGUCACCGGAGAAGGAACAGAACAGAGGGAAGGACGCUGGUGCAUGUGGGUGACGAGAGAGAACGACAGAAUGUAGAGCGAGAGGAAGGCGCGAGCUGCAGCCGCGCUCAAGACUGUUGCGGCUGCGCGCGCGCGAGUGCAUGUAGGCCGUGCAUCGGCGUAGGUUUUGUGUUUUCAAAUCGGUGUCGCACAUCUCUAUUUCUUGUGUACAGGCGUAGUUGUGUAGAGUAGAGAAGCUGUAUUUUUAGGUACCCACGUACCAGAAACUCUGUGAAGGGGCCUGCUUCUUCCCUGUGUCACUGACACGCCUGAGGCGCGCUCCUCAGAGGGAUUCUUCCUGCCUUCAGGCUUUUUUUUGUCAGAUAGAGCGAGAGCAAUGACGAGUGCGUCUGUUCUGCGCACCGGAGAACCGUGUAGGAACCGCAUGUGGCUAUAUGCAUCGUUGUCGAUCGCUCCGAGUUUCUAACGGCAGGUGUGGAGGCCUUGUGCUGCCGAUAUUUGCCGCUUUUUCACGAGGGUCAACGUCCAGAGUCGGCCGCGAAAGAGACGACGUAGUUUUACGCAAGUGUGUCGCCGGAAACGGAACGACUGAGGUUCAUCUCUCCAUUUAGAGCUACAUUCAUCUGCGUGUGCAUCUCUGAGUUUCUCUGUAUAUACAUGUAAAUGUGCGCAUAAGCAUGCAUGGAGGUGGAUAUACCUGGGCAAGGGAGUGUUAGAGGCAAAGGCGGAAUGCUCUCCUAGCAGUGUAGAUCUCCGUGUGUGUAUUUGUGUUUCUCUGUAGUUCAGUUUCGCGUCGUUUCGGUUGUGCACGCGCAGUAUACAGUCACGGUUGUGUUUGCAAAGCAUGGGAUCCCAGUUGCAGGACAGGAGGCAACAAAGAUUAUUUCCGUUGCAUGCGUUUAUUUGCCUCGAGCGGCCCACGCCUUGAACAGAAGAAACAGGUGUGCCCUCAUGUCCUAAAACUGCGUCAUCUGCGUUUGGAAUGCACGGAAAAGGUUGUGUGUCCCGAAGGGUUUCCUUUUCAACGGGAGCCAAUGUUUGCGGCGCUUUAUGCUAUUCUACGCAAAAAGGGUGUGCUUGUAAAAACUGUGUAGACACCUGUGGGGAAUCAAGAAACUCGAGACCGUUGGAAUUUAUACAGAUCCAAAGAGUUCCUUAAGG